CAAGCCAGGGUGUAUUAUUGCUUGCAAGGCAAUGGAAGAACAAAAAGAAGAGAUUGUUGGUUUCUUACACAAUGUGUCUCCAACUAAAAAAAGUAGCAAGACAUCUUACUUUGACAUGUCCAUACAAACCACCGAUGGCUUAGUAAGAGGAGUCUGCUUCUCCGGAAGUAAACAGGAACACUUUGAUCAAAUGAGCAAAAAGAAAUCUCCAAUAAAACUUCGAAAUUUUAGAAUUGAAAGAGCAGGAGAUGCAACCACAGUACUGAUGAAUAACAAUGUACUGUUAGAGCCUACAAAAGAAAUACCUUUUUCAAGAAUUGAGUUGCCAAGUGCCAACAAUAUCCAAUCAAUUUCAGCUGCAAACACAAAUCAAAGUAUCACCAUCAAAGCCAAACUUAUUCAGAUGUCAUCAACAAAAAAAGUGAAGACAGAGGAUGGUGAAAAAAAAAAGUUGUUUGCCUAUCUUGUGGACCCACAUGGAGCCAUUAAGGUGACACUUUGGGAACAAUUCUGUGGAUCUCAUUAAUCCUGCUGAGCUACCUCAGAACUUUACCAAUACAACAGCAGCAGCAGAAAUACUUGGAGUGCGAAGUGUCACGGCAUAUCAAGCCUGCUGCAACUGUAACAAAAAGCUGGUAAUAGAGACGUCUCCCAUACUAACCUGUUCAACUUGUGGGCUCAAGCAGAAUAUGAAGUCCACCAUUCAACAAUGUU